AAAGGCGAAGAUGAGCACAACACCAAAGACACAGUGCUGGACGGAGCAAGGGAACAAGUUGGACCGGUUGUCAGCGAAAAGAUGCUGGCCGACAUGGAGGCGGAGAAGAGGCACUACCUGGGCACCAACCUGCGAUGGGCACCGCUGGAGGAGCGGCUGUUUGAGAUUCUGUUUCUGCGACAGGAGAUCCCGCUGCUGCCGAGCUACUGGGAGGGGUACUUCCCGACGGUUCCCAUGCCCGAGGCCUGCUAUUGCUGGAGGAAGGACAUGAAUCCGGUGGUGUAUGCGCAUGCGAACAACACCUUUCGAGCUACCGCAGCACUGACGAGACUCAUCGACCUCACCGCAGACAUUCGCACGACGUGCCAAUCUGGCCUACGUGACAAAGCUCCUCAGAUGAUCAAGAAGUCUUUGGACAAGUUUCUCAACUGGGCUGCCGAGGACGGCGGCUAUCGCCACUUGGAGUACCUCCCCAACAUCAUCGUCGAAAUCGUCGACAAGCACAGCAAUGGUAUGCCUAGAACGGCCUUUGUGGAGAUGCGCAUGAGAGACCUGGCGAGGAAGCACCGCAAGAUGCUCGCCAUCAAGCCGGACAAGGAAGACGGGCGGCGGCCUGUCAUCAAGCCAGAAUAUCAUGGGGAAACAUCUGUUAUCGAGAGCGAUGCCGAUGAGCCGAUGACGACUGAACAGGGUACUCCAGCAAGGGAUCCAGUACACGUCAAGCAAGAGGACGACGAAGACGCGGAAAUACGAGUCGCUAUCAAAAGGGAGCUGCACAGCGAGUCAGAAGACGACAUCGCCAUGGCAGACAUUCCUCUAGCUUCAGCUCCAACAACAAACUCUGCGUCAUCGCCGACGCUGUACCGCCGCCAGCCACCCGUCAUCUUUGGCUUCUUCAUCAUCGGAACGACCGUCAUUCUGCUCACGGCCGACUCUUCCAAGGACGAGGCAACCAUGAAUCUCACGCCGCAGGUCGAGCUGGAUUUCGUGGACCGCAGCUUGGGCAUCUGGAAUGCCCUGACGGUGGCCAUUGUGGCGUGUCUUGCGAGGGACGACAUGAUGCAGAGGACGGAGGACUUUGAGGAGGCGAGGGUUGUUGAGGAGAGUGAUCCGGACGCUUGA